AUGCCUACUACUUCAUUACCUUCCAGCAUAUUGCUUGAUAAAUCAGCAACUACUGAGAUUUCCACAGUAACGCCUUCAUUGUCCAAUCUACAUUUAGCCACAAGCAUACACAAUUAUGCCAAUGGAGGAGGCUCAGUACAAACAGUGGGCGUCUCAUCAUCAACAUCGUCAUCAUCACCCGAUUCAUCUGACUCGGGGUCAUCUUCAUCAUCAGUCACUGGAUUAAUUUAUGCUAGUGAAUCGUCGGAUUUAGCUGGUGCUACAGGAUCAUUUGCUGCUAGUUCCGAUGUAAAGACAUUAAGCAUAUCAUCAUCAUCAACUAGUACUAAUGGUGGUUCAAAGUCAACUGGUGGUUCUCUUGAUCUGUCUUCGAGUACUGCUUCUGCUUCUUCUGAAAAUGGAGCUAGUGGAUUUGUUGGUUCAGUAAAGAGUAGCAAAUACUUGCUUGUGUUUUCAUUGUUUACUGUUGCUUCGAUGGUUGUUUCACUUUGA